AUGUUUAUCGAGCAGUUAAAGGGUAUAAUCAGAUGCUCCAUAAUUAUUGAGAAAGCUAUCAUUAGACCUGCCACCGGUAUCGUUGAGGUCAUUCUUCCUCAGCGAACCCCAUCCGUUCAACAAAAACGAUGGUGGGACCAUUUUACCAUACAUCGUAAGCCAGAAGAGUACGAAGAUGCUCAUGACGAAGUGCGACAUCUAUGGAAAACGCAGACCGACUUUUUCCUAUGUUCGUUAGGACUUAUUGUUGGUAUUGGCAAUAUGUUACGAUUUCCUGGCAAGAUUUGUGAAUAUGGAGCAAUAUUUUUCGUCCCAUAUUUUUUCUGUCUGGUCUUUAUCGGCUUCCCUAUGCUGUACUUGCACUUAUGUAUAGGGCAAUACGCUGGACAAACGGCCGAUGUCGCAUUCAGACGCCUGAUGCCUGUCUCUUGUGGUUAG